AUGCAUCUUAGCACCCUCAAUUGUACAACAUAACUUCACAAAAGAGUGAACAAAAUGGCAUCACAACAGGGACAACAAACACGCAAAAUUCCGGAACAGGAGAAGAAGGAUCUCGACCAACGAGCAGCUAAAGGCGAGACCGUUGUUCCGGGUGGUACUCGUGGCAAAUCUCUUGAGGCUCAAGAACGUCUUGCUGAAGGGCGGAGCAAGGGAGGACAAACGAGGAAAGACCAGCUGGGAACUGAAGGGUACAAGGAGAUGGGGAAAAAGGGCGGUCAGACCACCGGUGACAAGUCGGCUGGUGAGCGAGAGGAGGAGGAGGAGGAGGACUAGAUAGUCAAUAGUGGUGUGAUGGUGUUUGCAUGUACGACGAUGUUAAUUUCCAUGUUUUAUAUAUGCGUAUGUACCUGUAGUAUGGUUUAGCUCGUGUUUCAUGUUUUGUUGGUGGUUUUUGGUGUCUUCUUUAGUGCAUGUACGACUAGUAAAACUAGUAGUCCUAUGUUGUGAGUUGCAUAUGUAGAUAUAAUGGUAAGUACAAGUUUUAUCUUUC